CCUUCGUUGACUUUUUACGUGCGUCGUACUCGUACUCUUUGACCGUUCGCCCGAAGUUGCCCAUACCCGCCAUCAUGAAGGCCUCACUCGCUAGUGUCCUGAUGCUCGCCGCAUCCGUGUCCGCGGCUACCGCGGAUACAUCCUGCGCCUGCUGCAAUGCCCUCGCUGCUGUCCCUGGCCUCAAGGGCAAAGUCUAUGUCCCAGACACCAAGCAAUACGACGCUCGCCUGAAGACGUACUACUCUGCCAAUGCGGCCCUGGAGCCUUGGUGCAUGGUCAUGCCCGAGAGCGCCAAGGAUGUGUCAAGCAUUGCCAAGGUUGUCUCCAAGGAGCAGUGCCCGUUUGGCAUCCGGAGUGGCGCCCACUCGGCCUGGAAGGGAUCCAACGGUAUCGAGACGGGUGUGACGAUUGACUUCAGCUACAUGAACACCACCACCUACGACAGCAAGAAGAAGAUUGCCAAGAUCCAGCCUGGAUCCAACUGGGGUGAAGUGUACGAGUCGCUCAACCAGUACGGCGUGGCUGCGGUUGGUGGCCGCGCCUCUGUCGUCGGUGUUGGCGGUUUCACUACCGGCGGAGGAUAUUCCUUCCACACCAACCGCCGCGGCUUCGCUUGCGACAACGUUGCCAACUUUGAGGUCGUCCUCGCCGACGGCAGCAUCGUCAAUGCCAACAAGAACGAGAACGCCGACCUGUGGAAGGCAUUCAAGGGUGGCUCUGGAAACUUUGGUUUCGUUACCCGCGUGGAUCAGUAUGUCGUCGACUCCAACAAGCUUUGGGGAGGCUUCGUCAUCUACGACCUGGCCGAGCGCGAUACUGUCUUCAAGUCAUACCUCGACUUUGCUGAGAACAUGGCCUCCGACCUUGCGUCGCAGCUCAUCGUGUCUGUGCAGUGGAACGGCAAGGAGCGCAUUCUGCUCUCGGUCCUUUCCAACUCUGACGCUAUCGAUGAUGCCCCUGCCUUUGACGAAAUGUUUGCCAUCCCCAACAUUUCCACCACUUUGAGCACUGGAAACAUUGCCGAUCUCGUGCCUCAGUUCACUGGCCCUACUCCUCUGGGACUUUACGCCAACUGGAUGGCUGGCCUCACCUCCAACGAUGUCCGCAUCAUGAACUUCGUUGAGGAGAAGCACAAGGAAUACGUCGACAAGAUGAAGGCCGCCGCCCCUGGCUCAGACUUUAGCGUUCUUGUCCAGUUCCAGCCCGUGACGCAGUCCAUGGUUGGCCACUCCGCCAAGGCUGGCGGCAACGUGCUCGGUCUUGAGGCCAUCGUCGCCAAGGGCGCGACUAUCAUGUGGCUCAUUGCCGUGACCGUCGACACUGAGGCCAACCAGAAGAAGAUUGCCCCCUUGACUCUGCAGUACCGGGACGCUGUCAACGCGUAUGCCACCAAGAUCGGUGCCAACAAGAACUGGAACUACCUCAACUACGCGCUGGGUGACCAGGAGCCCAUCAAGCACUACGGAGCCGCAUCUGUCAAGUUCCUCAAGGCUGCGUCUAAGAAGUACGACCCCAAGGCUGUGUUCCAGAAGCUGAGAGGAUCGGGCUUCAAGCUGCCUGCGUAAACAUUGAAAACUCGAGGUACACAUCUUCCGUGAACCGUCACAAUGAGCAAAAUAGAGAAACGGGAACGGGAGCCAGGACAGACUUGGCCUAGAAUAUUGUAUUGAUCAUCGAUGUUGACCAGCAUGUACAUGCUGAGACACC